AAAGACAUUGCUCUCUGGUUUGCACCUUUUCCUGGGACCCCCUCUGCCAGCCUGGAUCAGUGAGCAGCAGGACUUCAGCUCAGGUCAGCCUGUUGGAGCCUGAGUUAUGUCUCUUCAUCCUGCCACCAUGCUGGCCCUCGUGCUGUGCCUGGGACGGAAAACUAACACACAGGAUGGAUCUCUGCCCAGUCCCACUAUCGAUGCUGAGCCAGGUCUUAAGAUACCCCGAGGGAGUUCUAUAACCUUUAUUUGCUCAAACCCUGAUGGAUAUGAUGUAUUCCGCCUGGAGAAGAAUGGACACAGCUUAAUGGAUAAGAAGAAUAUUCAGCCUCCUACAAGAGAAGCAAGAUUUUGCUUUAGCCCAGUGAAUGAGUCCAUUGCUGGACAUUUUAACUGUCUCUAUACGAAAGGAAGCAGCUGGUCCCUACGCAGUAAGACCGUGGAGGUAAAGGUGAUCAGUGAAGAUGUCACCUUGAGUCCUGCCCCACGUCCAUCAAUGACCUCAGGUGCACCUGCGCCAAAGACAGAGAGCAUUUAUAUUCUCAUUGUGGUCUCUGUGGUUUUCCUUGUUUGUCUUCUCCUUCUUUCCAUUUUCUGCCUUCAUAGCCACUGUAAGAAAAAGCAGGGGCUCCCAAACAGCAAGAGCCAGCAGCAGAGAUCACAGGAAAGCCUAUCUACUAAUGGUGUGGAGAGGACACCAGACAUAGUCACAGAGAACAGGCUCCCUGAAGACAGAAGGACAGAAACCAGGACGCCAUUUGCCAAAGACCUUCAGGAAGUGACAUAUGCCCAGCUGGAUCAUCACUCCCUCUCACAGAGAACGGUUGGAGCUGUGACCCCACUGAGCAGAAAUAUCGUGGCUGAAUCCCCUACAUAUGCAGACAUCGCCAGACACUAAGCCUGUGUACACCUGGAGACACACAAGUCACUACUGGAGAAGUGUGAAACAGAAAGUCAAAAGCUCCCCUUGGGGUUAUCCUGGUGUAGAAUGCUGGCCACCCAGCCAGUUUGGGGGAAGACUAUGUUGCCUCCAGAGCCCCAGCUACAAUCACUCAGUCAUUUUCAGGGACACAGUUACAGCCCCUUAGCUGUCUCUAUAGGCCCUUUCCAGCCCAUAUUAUUUAAUGAUCGUCACUGUAACAGUCUAGCAGCCUCUAUAUCCCCACUUGUGUAAAGAGCCCAGUGAACCCUAAAGGCUUCCUUGGAUUCCCCUGCUGACUCUGACUGGGCUGUACUCAUGGUCCCUUCUUUGUGUCAGGUCCCAUGGGGUGCAUCAUGGGUAUUUCCGAAGUGGAUUCUCUAUAGCCUGUGUGGAUUUUGACACACAGCCUAUGCGGACACUAACUCUGUAUUCAUUGCUGUUCAGAGAUGAACAGAGAAAUGAGGACUACAGAGGGUGCCUAUGGUUCCUUUUUUUCUUUCAAAUAUAUGCUUAAUUGACCAAG